AUGAAGGAAAAGAAGGGAAGACGCAAGGACGCAAUCGAACGAUUUAUCGAAUCGAACCAAACGGUCGUGCUCUCCAGUCUCAACCAGCUGCGAUACACCAUCCUAUGUGAGGGCCUUCCGAAGGAUAACGGAUUGUGUCCGUACAGAACGUAUGUUUGGUCCAUACUUCUGCGAGUCGAGCCUCUAGACGUCGACUACUACGCCAACCUGGUCGACCGCGGGCCGUCGAAUGUGUUCGCAAAAAUCCAAAACGACGCAUUCCGCACCUUUCAAAAAGACGAGGAGUUCAGCCGCAAAGUGUCCACGAGUGUUUUGAUGCGCAUCCUAAACUCGCACGCUCUGGAAAUCGAAAGCCUCGAGCUGCACAACUCGGCCGGAGCGCCCGCGUCGCCUUACGUCCAAGGAAUGAAUAUCUUGGCGGCACCGUUUGCGUACGUUUGCAGAAGCGAAGUCGAGGCCUUUGCUCUGUACUCGCAACUGGUGAGCCGCUACAUUCCAACAUAUACCACGCCCAACCUGCUGGGCGUUCUGAACGGUGUCAAGCUGGUGGACAUUAUAUUACAGUUGAUCGAUCCUAAAUUGUACAAUUUUCUGAAGUCUAAGAUGCUCACGGCCAAGAUCUACGCCCUUCCGUCUGUGCUCACGCUGAGCGCAUGUACGCCGCCCUUAGACCAGGUGCUCGAGCUUUGGGAUUUUUUGUUCAGCUACGGCGUGCAUCUGAAUAUAUUCUUCGUGGUGGCCCAGACGAUUCUGAUAAGGGACGAGCUACUCAAGUCGGCCAAUCCUAUGCUGUUGCUGAGAGAGCUGCCGCGACUGGACGCGCGCAAGAUUAUCAAGCUAUCGCUCACCUUUGUGAAACAGACCCCAGACCAGCUGUAUGACAUAAUCGUGAGACACGCAAGGGAGAACGUGGAGGAAGAAAUCGCCAGCUGGGAGAGCAGCUAG